AUGUUAAAUCAACAUCGACAGCAUUUACUUGCUAAAUUUCGCCAGAACUCUGUAUUAAUUCGAUUUUUUUCCUCAACGUUAAAAGCUCAUCGAAAUUUCGUAUCAUCUGUGUACGGUGAUAAUACAACUUCUACCAAUCGGGCGAAUCAAAAUGAGCAUUUUUCGAAAACUUCCGGAUUUCAAAAAGUGUUGUUGAGCGUCGCAUCGGCUUUUACUGCGUUGCUUGAUCCUAGUCGAGAAGAUAUGGUUGCUACAUUAGGCGAAACAACUGGCACCAUUUUUCUGGAACGUAUCCGAGACAAAAUGCUACAAGACAAAACCGGUCGUCGCAUUCUUCGCGACCAACCAAUAAUAAACACCCAAACGAUAGACCUCAAUUUUCUUCGUCAGCUUCCCAAAACCACGUUCGGAUCCGUAUACGUGGGAUUUCUCGACAAGUAUCAAGUAACUCCAGAUACCCGUACAAAAGUCCAAUACAUUGAUGAUCCAGAACUGGCCUACGUUAUGCGUCGAUUUCGGGAAGCACAUGAUUUCUUUCAUACGUUGACAAAUCUUCCAACCACUAUUGAAGGAGAAUUGGUGUUGAAAUGGUUUGAGUUAGCGCAGACAGGGCUACCGGUUUCUUUAUUGAGUUCGUUGUUUGGGCAUUUGAGAUUGACAUCGGAGGAAAGAAGUCGUUUGUUUGAUGUUUAUGUUCCUUGGGCGGUACAGUGUGGUUCUAGCAGCCAAUUAUUAAUGAAUGUUUAUUUUGAAGAGUGUUUUGAAAAAGAUCUUGAUGUAAUGAGAAAGGAAUUGGGGAUUUAUGUAAUUGAUGAAUUGAAAAAAUAA